CAUCCCCCCAUCAUCCAUCUUUCAUCCAUCAUCCCCCCAUCCUUCCAUCCAUGAAUGAUUGUGUUGCUGGAGCCUAUCCCAGCCUCUCUCUCUCUGAACGCUCUCCUGGAUCAGUUCGUGGACUGCUUGAUACCAGAUAGAAAUGAACCAGAAAUCCACACAGACAAACCGGACGGGUUGGAACCUCUGGUGACUUUGGAAAGUCUUUCCGGAACUCUUCCUAUGUGCACGGUGGCUGUGCACGGUGCACCUGCUCUGAAGGCGGAGUUUGAUCACGUGACCAGAGGAAGACUCGCUGUGUCGGUGCGCGGGUUCUCACUCUGGUCCUCGAGCGUGGCGGGAUGACUUCGUGCAGGGAGAGCUCGGUGUUUUAUCUGAGCUGGAUGCUCAUAAUUGGGGGCGUGGUUUUGUUUUGGCGUCAGCAACGCGUGUGCGCGCUGUACGGCCGGUACGCGCCGGGACAGGGCCAUUGCUGGCCGGCCGGACUCGCUUGGUUCCUGCAGGAGGUCCCGGCCCUGCUGACGCCGCUGCUGCUGCUGCUGUGGACCGAGGAGGGGUCCGGGUCCGGGACCGGGACGCUGGUGCUGCUCUGCACCUUCGUGCUGCACUACAGCUACAGAAGUUUGAUCUACGCCUUCUUGACCCGAGGACGGCCGGUACCGCUGCGCAUCAUCGUCUUCUCUGCUGCCUUCUGCGGCCUCAACGGCUUCCUGCAGGGCCACCACCUGCUGCACUGCACCCACUUCCACCACACCUGGAUGACCGCGGUGCGUCUGGCUGCAGGCUGGUUCCUGUUCCUGGUGGGUCUGAGCAUCAACAUCCACAGUGACCACAUCCUCCGCAACUUAAGAAAACCUGGAGAGCUCAUCUACCGAAUCCCCCGGGGAGGAAUGUUUGAGUUCGUGUCCGGCGCCAAUUUCCUGGGAGAGAUCCUGGAGUGGUGUGGUUAUGCAGUUGCUGCCGGGUCUUUUCCCGCCUGGGCUUGGGCGUUCUUUACGGUGUGUUCUAUCGGGCCCAGAGCCUGCCACCACCACAGAGACUACCAGCAGAGGUUUGAAGACUACCCCCCCUCCAGGAAAGCCAUCAUCCCCUUCCUUCUGUGAAGACGCAGAACCGGCCCGGCAGAACCCUUGUCUUAUCCGAAAUGCUGUCUGGUUCUGAUCCAGAUCAAACAUUGAUUUUUAUUUCUUACAGUUUAAAACAUAAUUUUAGGCAUCGUCCUGUUUUAUGAAGGAAUCACGAAGACACGCCCCCUGAAGGAUGACAUCAUAAUAGUUCAGGAUCCUCGAGCCUCCUGAGCAGCUGCUCUACUCCACAUGACAGUGAUCCCACGACCUUCCCUCAGGCUGGACCCGACCGGCGCCAGCGGGAGGAAGCAAACCUCAUCCUCUGACCAGAGACUUUACCAUGCUGUAACUUUUCCACCGUUACCGUGAUCAUUCCAGUAGAUCGAGCCGCUUUUCUCCUUCACAAUCUGCUGGAGUUAUCGUGUCGGCAGUUGAAAAGUUACAGUAUAGAACAUAAAACUUAAAAACUGGAAUGACAGGUUGAGGGUUUUGGUCUCUGCUCUUAUGAAUGAAUUCUUGGAUAUAAAAAAUUGUUUUAAUUCUGAAGAUUUACCUGAAGAUCCAAAGCUGCACCUGCAGAGGGCGGGUUUAUGAGCUGAAUCCCAACCCAAAUGUUUUCCUCUUUUCUUUUUGCAAAGUUGCACACAAAGAAUUUUGUCUUUCUGAAAGGAAGGAAACUAAAGAGGCUGAGGAAGAAACACAAACAAAUCCUCUGAUCUGAACUUCAUGAAAUGACCGAAUUAUUUGAUGUUUCAAAGAAUAUUUCAUUCCCGGGUCAGGACACCAGCUGGCCGUGCUGGAGGCCGCCAGGAGGUACGAUCCCGUCGUGAUGUCACACUAAAUGAAUUCUGCUCAGAAAAUAUGAGGUCAGAGGGCCUUUCAGAACCAGAUGAGUCAGAACCAGACCCGUCAGAACCAGACCAGUCAGAACCGGACCUGUCAGAACCAGACCUGUCAGAACCAGACCUGUUAGAACCAGAUCCAUCAGAACCAGAACUGUCAGAACCAGGCCCGUCAGAACCGGACCUGUCAGAACCAGACCAGUCAGAACCAGACCAGUCAGAGCCAGACCAGUCAGAGCCAGACCCGUCAGAACCAGACCUGUUAGAACCAGACCAGUCAGAACCGGACCUGUCAGAACCAGACCCGUCAGAAUCAGACCAGUCAGAACCGGACCCAUCAGAACCAGACCCGUCAGAACCGGACCUGUCAGAACCAAACCAGUCAGAACCGGACCCGUCAGAACCAGACCCGUCAGAACCGGACCCGUCAGAACCAGACCUGUCAGAACCAGACCAGUCAGAACCAGACCCGUCAGAACCAGACCCGUCAGAACCAGACCUGUCAGAACCAGACCCGUCAGAAACUGCUGGUGUUUUACCCAAAAAGGCAGGAGAGUCAAAACAUGAACAAACUAUACAAAUAAAAGAGAAACUCAACAUUUUGAGUAUUGGAUCUGAAAAUGUAGAAGUGUUGGCUCCAAAGAGAGCUUUCCGUUAUGGACGUGUCCUGCGGACUAAAACAGAAUCUGAUCAUCUGUCCUCACAAUGUUUGUGGAUCUCCAACAGACUCAUCAAACAAGAACAUUAGAAGACCAUCCUCAUCUAGUGAUGACUGCCCGCUUAAGGAGAAGUAGAACAAGUAGAACAACCUCAUCUCAACUGAAAAGAAAAUACAUGUUUCCAGAUCCAAACUUUUCAACAAAAUAUCUUUAUUUUCCAAUUCCACCAAACAAAGCAAAGAAAAUCACUUCCGAAUCUUAGACACCAUUCCUCACGAUUACCUUCAUGAUGAACUCCAGACUGACUCAAACCUUAUGCAGAAACAGUGGAGCAGCUUUUUUACUCAAGCGAGGAAUCCAAAUCUGUCUGGUUUGAUUUUCAGCUCUGGUUAACCUUUAAUAUUGUUUGCUGUCUUCUUUUAAACUUCCAAACUAUUAGAUUUUGUCUACAAACAGAAAACAAAAAAGGAGAAUUUUGUAUGAAUAAUUUGUUAAUAUUUGCAGCAUUUUCUGCAUAUAAAUGUUGCUUUUAAAAACGAAGCUUUCACAUUUAAAUAACUUAUUUGAAUAUCUUAAACAAUAUUCUGAGUAAGACAAUAAAUUGUAAUCUGCUCAUUUAUUUGCUUUGUGGAAUUAAACAACCCAAAUCCCAGA